AUGCCACCACGAAGUUUUGACACGCUUCUGAAACUGGUGGCUCCUCGAAUAAGGAAGGUCGAUACCAGGUUGCGCAAGGCGAUUCCACCGGAACAUCGCCUAGCUCUGGCAGUGAGAUUUCUGGCAGCAGGAGAGACUAUUCGGACGUCGUCGUUCAACUUCUUGGCGGGGCGCUCUACUGCUUGCGGCAUUGUGUCGGAUGUGUGCCAAGCGAUAUGGGAAGUCCUUGGUCCCUUGUACGUGAUGUACCCGUCGUCCGCAGCCGAGUGGCUCAAGGUUGCAAACGAAUUUGAGCUGAGGUGGAAUAUGCCGCAUUGCAUAGGAGCCAUCGACGGGAAGCAUGUUGUGAUCGAGUGCCCAGCAAAUACAGGUUCUCAAAACAGGAACUACAAAGGCAGUUUCAGCCACUCACUACUAGCUAUAAGUGAAGCUAAUUACAAGUUUCUCUAUGUCGAAGUUGGCCAUUACGGCAGUGAAUCUGAUGGUGGUGUUUUCGGGCGUAGCAAGCUGCUAGAGUUGAUCGAAGCCAGUAAAAUGGGAAUUCCUAGAGACUCCGAGAUAGGCAACAUUGGUGCCAUGCCAUAUUUUUUCGUGGGCGAUGAAGCGUUUCCUUUGAAAACCUUUAUGAUGAGGCCUUAUUCUCGGAAAUGUAAGUCACUAAAAUCUUUUUCGAAGCCAUUCGUGCUUUGCGUUCUUGUAGUGCCAUUGCCAUUUUUGUUUGCUAGCUUUAUUUAUGCCAGGUUUAUGUUGUGCAAUGCAGCCCUUCCAUCCUUGUUCAGUGACACAUCUGAUGAUCAUCAGGCUUUUGAAGAGCGGCACAAGAAAAGAAUUUUUAACUAUCGACUCAGCCGAGCACGAAGAGUUGUUGAAAAUGCCUUUGGCAUUAUGGCUCAAAGGUGGCGCAUCCUUCGACGGCCUUUUAAAGCAAAGGAAGAAAACAUUCGUAAAAUUGUGUCUGCUUGUGUAACACUACACAAUUUUUUGUUGUGCGAGUCUCCUGCAUCUCGGGCAGCAUAUUGUCCACCUGGCAGUGCCGACACCGAGGAUUGGCAAGGGCAGCUCACUGAGGGCAACUGGAGAGCUGAAGGAGGCACAGGGAAUGCUCUGUCUGCAAUAAGCAGCUCAGGCUGUCGCUCAACCCGGCAAGCCUAUGAUGUGAGAGACAAGCUCUGCAACUACUUUAUUACUGAUGAUGGCAGUGUCCCCUGGCAAGAACGCAUCAUUAAGAACCCCACAUCACAAGCACAUUCUGUUCGGCCGUCGGUGUCCACUGGACUGUCAGGAGCGUCGGGCACUGGCCAGUCCUGAAAGUCAUCUGCUUCAGCAGGUGUGAAUUCGGC